AUGGAGGUGGUGAUGCCGCGAGCCCUCCUCGUGCUGCUGUCGGCGGCCCUGGCCGUGACCCUGACCCGGGCGGGCUCCCACUCCCUGAGGUAUUUCUACACCUCCGUGUCCCGGCCCGGCCGCGGGGACCCCCGCUUCAUCGCCGUCGGCUACGUGGACGACACGCAGUUCGUGCGGUUCGACAGCGACGCGGCCACUGGGAGGACGGAGCCGCGGGCGCCGUGGGUGGAGCAGGAGGGGCCGGAGUAUUGGGACCGGCAGACGCGGACCUUCAAGGAGACCGCACAGGUGUACCGAGUGGACCUGGACACCCUGCGCGGCUACUACAACCAGAGCGAGGCCGGGUCUCACACCCGCCAGACCACGUACGGCUGUGACCUGGGGCCCGGCGGGCGCCUCCUCCGCGGGUACAGUCAGGACGCCUACGACGGCGCCGAUUACAUCGCCCUGAACGAGGACCUGCGCUCCUGGACCGCGGCGGACGCGGCGGCGCAGAUCACCCGGCGCAAGUGGGAGGCGGCAGGUACUGCAGAGCACGAUAGGAACUACCUGGAGACGACGUGCGUGGAGUGGCUGCGGAGGUACCUGGAGAUGGGGAAGGAGACGCUGCUGCGCGCAGAACCCCCCAGCACACGUGUGACCCGCCACCCCGUCUCUGACCGUGAGGUCACCCUGAGGUGCUGGGCGCUGGGGUUCUACCCUGAGGAGAUCACCCUGACCUGGCAGCGGGAUGGGGAGGACCAGACCCAGGACACAGAGGUUGUGGACACAAGGCCUGCAGGAGAUGGGACCUUCCAGAAGUGGGCGGCCGUGGUGGUGCCCUCUGGACAGGAGCAGAGAUACACGUGCCACGUGCAGCAUGAGGGGCUGGCGGAGCCUGUCACGCGGAGAUGGGAGCCUUCCCCUCUGUCCACCAUAGUCAUCGUCAGCAUUGCUGCUCUGGUUCUCCUCGUGGUCGCUGGGGUGAUUGGAGCUGUGAUCUGGAGGAAGCAGCGCUCGGGAGGAAAAGGACCAGGCUACUCUCAUGCUGCACGCGAUGACAGUGCCCAGGGCUCUGAUGUGUCUCUGACAGCUCCUAGAGUGUGAGACCAGCUGCCCUGUGGGGACUGAGCGAUGCAAGAUGUGUUCACAUCUCACGUGAUGACAUCAACAACCCUGGCUUGUCUCUGCAAACAGUGUCAGGAUGUGCCUGUGUCCCUAGGAGCAUAAUGUGAGGAGGUGGGGAGAUUGGCCCACCCUGCCCACCAUGACCUGUCCCUAAUCUGAUGUGCACUCUCUUCUCUGAUGUGCUUUCCUGUCCAGCAGAGGGAGGGCUGGACCAUCUCCAUCCCUGUCUUUGUUUCAUGUUGAGUACUAAUAACUUACUACCCGAUUGAAAAUAAGAAUCCCGAUAUGAGUUUGUGUUUCCUGAGUCUUGGGAUGUGGGGCUGAUGAGGUAAUAAAA